UCCGUUUGGUGUUUUUAUGUGUAAACCUUCCAAAGUUUCUGGCGAAGGAAUGACGACUUCGGAAUCCGUUCUGAUUUUUCUAUGCGUCAUAACGUCUGCAUUUGUCUUUGCGAUUGGUGCUGGUUCGGCUAAUCCCGAAGACUUCCGGAAAAUGACAUCAGGCGUAAGGAAGAAAUGUAUCGCGGAGACCAAAACGACUCUUAAGGCCAUCGAGGACUUUGAAUACGGUGUAAUGCCCGAUGACGACAACCUGAAGUGCUACUUCAAGUGCUCCCUAGAGAAAUUCGGCAUGAUGGACAAAACUGGUAAGAUAAAGUACAAUAUGUUGAAGAAAGUAAUACCAGAAGCUUACAAGGAAGUGGCUUUCGACAUGAUCGACACCUGCGUUGAUCCUCUUGGAAAAGAUAACUGCGACAAAGUCUUCAAUUUCGUGAAGUGCUUGUACAACGAAAAUCCCAUGGCAUUUAUCGCUCCAUGAAAGUCAUCGUCGACGCCUAGGACUGAAAAUAUGCGUUGAAAAUGCAGCACCGUAUACAGCGAGCGGAAGGAAUGAUUCGUCGUAGACGACAGAAGAGUACGACGAAACCUUUAAAACAUGUCAACGUAUAAUUCAGUAACGAAUUGAAAACAUAUAUAACGUAUAAUAAAACGAUGGUGAC